CCACCCCGGUGGCACCAGAGCCCUCUCAGGCAGGCAGACCCAGGGCCUCCCCACCACACCUUGUUCAUGGAUUUUGUUGCUGGAGCCAUCGGAGGCGUCUGCGGUGUCGCUGUGGGCUACCCCCUGGACACGGUGAAGGUGUGGCAGCAGCCAGCCCCCCAACCAUCCCAAGGCCCCUGCACCCAUCCAUGGCCAGAAGACUUUCCAGAAUGCUAAACAGACCCACCCCUUUCCUGCUCAAAUGCCUUCAAUGGCUCCCCAUAGCCCCUGGGACUAUGUCAGUCCCACUUUCUCGCCUCUGCACCUCAGGUUUCUCAUCUAACACAAGGCUCCCUGUCCCUGCUGUGCCCACAGUCCAGCAUGGCUGGGACAAUCAAGAAGGUCAGGAUCCAGACGGAGCCAAAGUACACAGGCAUCUGGCACUGCGUCCGGGAUACGUAUCACCGAGAGCGCGUGUGGGGCUUCUAUCGCGGCCUCUCGCUUCCCGUGUGCACAGCGUCCCUGGUGUCCUCCGUGUCUUUCGGCACCUAUAGCCACUGCCUGGCGCACAUCUGCCAGUUCCGGUACGGCAGCCCUGACGCCAAGCCCGCCAAGGCUGACAUCACACUCUCGGGAUACGCCUCCGGCCUCGUCCGCGUGUUCCUGACGUCGCCCACUGAGGUGGCCAAAGUCCGCCUGCAGACACAGACACAGGCACAGAAGCAGCAGCGGCGGAUCUCGGCCUCGGGGCCCUCGGCUGUGCCCCCCGUGUGUCCUGCGCCCCCAGCCUGCCCAGAGCCCAAGUACCGUGGGCCGCUUCACUGCCUGGCCACAGUAGCCCGCGAGGAGGGGCUGCGCGGCCUCUACAAGGGCAGCUCGGCCCUGCUGUUACGGGACGGUCACUCCUUUGCCACCUACUUCCUCUCCUACGCCAUCCUCUGUGAGCGGCUCAGCCCCGCUGGCCACAGCCAGCCAGAUGUUCUGGGCGUGCUGGUGGCCGGGGGCUGUGCGGGAGUCCUGGGCUGGGCUGUGGCCACCCCCAUGGACGUGAUCAAGUCGAGACUGCAGGCAGACGGGCAGGGCCAGAGGCGCUACCGGGGCCUCCUGCACUGUAUGGUGACCAGCGUGUGGGAGGAGGGACCCCGGGUCCUUUUCAAGGGGCUGGUGCUCAACUGCUGCCGCGCCUUCCCUGUCAACAUGGUGGUCUUUGUCGCCUAUGAGGCGGUGCUGAGGCUCACCCAGGGUCUGCUCACAUAGCUGGUCCCCACACCCAGCGGCCCACCCGCCGGCAGCUGCUGGAGGUUGUAGUGGCUGGAGGAGGCAAGGGGUAGUGUGGCUGGGGUUGGGACCCCACAGGGCCGUUGCCCAGGAAAACGAGGAGCCUCCCUGCAGUGAGUCGGCCGAGGCCUGAGCUUACCCUGCCCAGCUACUGACCUCAGGUCGAGGGGCCCGCCGGCCAUCAGCCAGGGCUGUCCUGGGGUGGCAGGAGCCAGGGAGGAGGGGGCCUCUUUGAUGAGGGCGUGUGUCACAUGGAGUCAGUUGUUCAUCCCAGCUUCCCCGUGGCCCCCACCUCCCAUGUCUUUGGAGCAAACUUCUGGGGAGUCAGGUGUGUGCUCAGCCAACCUCUGUCCCAUUCCCAGACCCUCGUCCCCACCACUGUUCUUGUCUUGACGAGCUGUCCCUUACAGGCAGGGGCUUCCCACAGGCUGGGGGCCUUGGGGCAGGGAGCAUGAGCUGGGCUGGCCCACCAUGACUGAGGGCUCCCGGCCCGGCUUGUUCCCCACAGCAGGCCGCUCCCAGGGGUGCUGCCGGGACUGCCAUGCCCACCUGGCAGGGGCCCGGGUUGGCCGUCCUCACCCGGUUAGGGAAUUUGGGGUGAGGUUCCUCAGGAGCCCACACUCUGCCUGUGGAUGCUGCAAAGACCCCAAAGACUCUGCAAAGACCCCAAAGACGCUGCAAAGACCCCAAAGACACUGCAAAGACCCCAAAGACUCUGUUGGGAACUGUUGUCAAUAAAAUGUUUCUGAGGAUGUU